AUGCGCCGUGUUGCCAAGGGAGCCCUCGCCGUGGCAUCGACGCGGCGGUGGCGCUGGAGCCUCCAUGAAGCGGCUGCUUGCCCCUCCCUCGACGCGCUGCGGCUUCACCUCUGCCAGCGGGCCAAACAGGAGACGGAGUGGGACCUGGACUUCGCACUGCUGCCGUCGUGCGCCCAGCCUCACGCCUCCAGCGAGGUGCUGCGUUGCUGCUGCGCAGCCAUGGCCUCGGCCGCGGAUUCAGUCAAACACAUUGCGCUGACAGUCACAUCCGCGGCCGUGGCAGUGGCGGUGGGCCGCAUGCUUUGCACGGCGCAAGCGGUGUCGCUGCACACCCUUCAUCUCACGUUGUACGACGUGGCGUUCCUGCAGGACGACUCGGCCCUCGCCACCUUGUUGCAAGCCUCCAGCAACGUCUCCUACCACCUCACUUCGCUCCGCAUCACAAUUGUGACAUGCGACCUGCAGCGCAGGCUGCGGUGGAGCCAGCAGGCUGUCAGGGCCCUUGCCGCCAACAUUCAUUCCUCGAUGCUGCAAGUAUUGUCGUUGGAGUACGUGGACCUGCACGGGGUGAGUGAAGAAGAUAUGAUGGUCCUCUGCGAGGCGAUAGCCCGUGGCCGUUUGCUGACGCAGUUGUCACUCCGAGGCUCGCGUGGAAUGCUCGCACGUGGGCCUCUCCUGCGGGGCGCGGUGGCGGGGAUGCGGCAGCUGGGGGUUCUGGACCUCAGCUCCACGCUGCUUGGUGACGUGGCGCUGGAGCAGCUCCUCCACGCCCUCCGGGCGUCCGUUGGUGGGUGGUGUCGCUUGCGCCACUUGAAUCUCGCCGAGACGAAUCUCUCAGCGUGGGGCUUGCAGCGGAUGCUUCGCGACGUUGGCGAGCUGCCUCCCGGUGAGACGGCCAGCCUCGUCUACUUGAACCUCAACAGCAACGGCAUAGACGACGAGGGUGUUUUCUUCCUGGCGAGUGCCUGCAUGCGGUGUGAGCUGCUCCGCGAGCUCCACGUGCGGCACAACCGGCUCACGAAAAGAGGGGCGGCGGCGCUCGGCUCUGCGCUCCUUGUGGCAGCCUCCCUGCGGUGCCUCAACCUUCACUCCAACCCGAUUGGAGAUGAGGGGCUCCGCGCCCUUCUGCGGUACGCCAAGUACUGGCCGGAGCUGCGUGUUCUCGACGUUACGCGUUGUCGAUUGACCGCAUGGUGUAUUCCCUCCAUUUGCGCCGUGUUGCCUCUCUUUGACAGGCUGGAGGAGAUUGCGCUCGACCGCAACGAUUUGCGGCCGCUUGAUGCCGAGGCCGCCUCCGCGCUUGGCGAUCACAGGGAGACGCCGGAGGGGGAAGUGCAGCUCUUUGCGUACGAUACUGCAUUCAUGCAAGGCGGCAGCCGUGGCGACUCGAAGGUUCCCACUUCAUUCGAGCUCGACCGCCGCGACGCAGCUGACGGUCGUCGCCGGUUCAAAGGCACCGAGGCUUUCGUCAAGCCGCCUCCGUCGCUUGAGACCAUUGGCGGCGUGGAGUCAUUUGCGCAGCUGGGACUGGCGCUGUCGGGGUGUCGUGGGCUGCGCCGCCUCACACUUUCGAGCUGCUCUUUGACCGAUGCCUCCUUCCUGGCGGUGGCUGGGGCGCUGGUGGUCCGCCGCCUCACACAGCUUGACCUGAGCGCAAACCCACUCUUUGCUCGAAUGGACAGCCUCGAGGCGCUUGCGACGUUGCUGCGUCGUGCAUCUGUCUCAUUGCAGGCACUUGACCUCUCAUGCACGGGGCUGGGGAACGUCGGCGCGUCGCUGCUCGCGGACGGGUAUGCCCCGUCCGACGCCGGUGCGGCUGACGCAGCAGGGGCGGACUCGGCCCUACGCGCGUUGACGGCGUUGCAGGAGAUACGAUUGUCCAAUUGCCGUAUUGGCGCCGACGGGUUUGAGGCGCUUGCUGACGCCUUUCCUGCAAUGACCUCCCUGCAACGCGUGUUUCUGGAUGGCAACGCCGUCAUAAAUCCGGAUGCCGCCGUGUCUUUGCUCGGGGCUCUGGCGGGGUUGCCCUCGCUGCGGUUCGUUGGGCUGUACGGCUCCGUGCCACACCACCUGGCGGGCACCGUUGAGGCCUCACGUGAGUGUCUCGCCCUGCGAAGUGGCGGGGUGAUUGUACACGUUUAG